CCAGGCCCGUCUCGGGUUUCCUCCGGUCCUUUCACAGAACCUGGAGCUCUGCUUCCAACAGCAGAAUCAAACCCAUAAACGGAGAAACCAGCGGAAAAACACGGAGCAACGUUAAACUCUGCUGUGUGAAGCAGUUGGAGUCAGUUAUAGGAGGAGACCCUGGCUUCUUAUCUGACCCCCCACCGCCCAUGAUGCUGCCUUCACUGACUGUUGGUCUCCUGACCGUUUCCUGGACUCCAUGUCAGUUCCUCCUUUCUCCUUUUCCAGAUCUUUAACUUCUGUGUCCAGCUCAUCAUUUUCACUCUGCCAUGUUGCUGCUGAGUCAUAAAUAAUGCUUUCAAAUUUGAUGCGUCACCGUGGCAACAAGCUAACUGGGAACAGCUGAUUCGCAUCUAAAAGCUGAAACCAUACCUGAACUUUGACCCCAAAGCCCGGAGGAGUUGAAAAGUUCAAACCAUCUCUUCCAUCCAUCCUCAUCCUCAACUUCUUCUGUCAAUCUCAGACUCAAAAAGAAGCGGCAAAGGCAAAGGAGGUGGAUCAGCAGAGCAACUGAUGAUGUUACUGUCUGCUGCCCAGAUGUUGGGUCAUACUAAGAUGCUAGCGGGGGGGAUGCUAACGUAACGGAGAGGGGGAGUAACGUAAUUAGACUACCGUAAACCCGGGGGGCACAAUACGGGAUUUACGGUAAAAUGCUAAUAUGGGAGCACGGAGGUAAAAUACAUCAGUUUCUCGGAAACAACGCGAGACUCUUCAGGACCUGUGGACGCGCCGAUCGGAGCGAUGGAGACCGAGGUGUUCAUGCAGGCGGAGGACGCAGACGGCUCCUGGACGCUGCCGUCCCUGCUGGCGUCUGUCGUCAUGGUGUUCGGCGGCGCCCUGCCCUACGUCCCGCAGUACCAGGAGAUCCAGAGGAGCAGCAACACCGAGGGCUUCUCCACCAGGGUGUGCCUGGUCCUGCUCGUAGCCAACAUCCUGCGGAUUUUCUUCUGGAUAGGGAAGCAGUUCGAGGUGACGCUGCUGCUUCAGAGUGUGGUGAUGAUUGUCACCAUGUUCGCCAUGCUGCACCUCUGCUGCUCCGUCCACAGCUCCAACCGGGUCAGCACCAGGCAGCACCGGCUGACAGAUCUGGACGUCGGUUACUUCUGGAAGUGGACCGCGUUUGAGGACUACCUGCUCUUCUGCUUCGGCUUGGCGACGCUCUGCGCCGCGCUCACCCUGCUGCUGCUGGACUCCGCCAUGUUUGUGGAGGCGCUGGGCUCCCUGGCCGUGAUGUUCGAGGCGAUGCUCGCCGUGCCGCAGCUGCUGCAGAACCUGCAGAACCGCUCCACCAGGGGAAUGAGCGUGAAGAUGGUUCUGCUCUGGACGGCGGGCGACGCCUUCAAGACGGCGUACUUCGUGAUGAACGAAAGCCCGGCCCAGUUCUGGGUGUGCGGUUCGGUCCAGAUCCUGCUGGACGCCGCCAUCCUGCUGCAGGUUCUGCUGUACGGCCGGGCCAAGCUGGGCUGAACCCAGGAGCCGCUGGUCCAAAACCAGAAGACGAUGGAAAACCAAAGAAAAUGUUUUUAGUGGUGAAACCAAAAACCCAAAACCUGAAACAAACUACA